AUGUUUCCAUUGGCUUCAUCUGCCAGUGUGUGUCUCUCAAAGUUCCUGCCAUCGGCGAAGAGGCUGGCUGACCCUAUCGCCAGCAUUCCUCAUUCCCACACGACGCUGAGAUUUUUUUCGCCUAAUGUUGCGUCGAACAGCAAGGGGUCUCCGACGGGGACGAAUGCCGGUGCUGAUUGCUCUAGCACAUCAGAGCCAACCUCUAAUAUAGCAGUAUCAGCGUCAGGCGCAACCACCACACGACGCUUGCCCAAGUGCCUGACGGUAAUUGUGAACAGGGAAUUCGAUGGCCUCCAUAGUGAAUUGGAGUAUGUGCGCCUGAACCGGCAGUGCCGUUAUGCACGCGAGGCGUCCGCUAAAUUUAUGGGUCGCGGACUUCCCGUACGUUUGCAGUUGGCCAAUAUGUCGGAGGCGGCAUUGAAAGAAAUGCAGAACGGGUUUGUGAAGACUGCUUUCAGCCACGCUGCAAUCGCGUCAAUGCAUACCGCAGCUCCUUGGGAGAUGUACCCCCGCGAUAAGCUAGUUAUGCUGACGCCGGACUCGGACAAUUAUCUGCAGCAUGUCGAUCUUGACCGUGUGUACGUGCUGGGAGGCAUUGUGGAUUUGCAGUUGAAGGUAAACAUCACGUUGAAGCAGGCCAAGGAGCAAGGCAUUGCACACGCGCGAUUGCCCAUCCAGGAGUACCACACACCGACCGCUCACCUAGCCCUGCCGCUGAACCAUGUCGUGGAUAUCCUAGGCAGGCACGCGCUGGGUGCUGACUGGAAGACCACGAUCAGCGACAUUGUGGCCAACACGAAAGUGAAGUAG